CCCUAAGGCUACCAAUUCCACAACUUGUUCUCUCUCUCUCUCUCCUUCUCUUACCUUUUACGUUUUCUCUGCAACCAGACACGGCAUUUCAGCAAAAGAAGCCAACCCAACAAAAGACAGACAAAGCUUCUUCGCGUCACAUUUCCUUCUUCCCACAAAUCCUUGUCUGAAUCGUUGCCUCGAAGCGUUAUUCCUCUGUUUUCGUGUUGUUCUUUUUGUUCAAUUUGUUUAUUGUUCUGUAGUGUUUUCUGGGUCGAUUCUUCUGUUCCAUUGAUGGGGAAGCCGACAGGGAAGAAGAAGAACUUGGAAGCUACGAAGGCCAGCGAUUCCGCCGGAGUCGGAAAGCUUCCGGGGAAAGCCUCCGACCACCGGACGGCGAAAAUUUUCGACGAAGACACCGAAAUCUUCAUCAGCAGGUCGCAGGAGCUCAAAGACGAAGGCAACAAACUCUUCCAGAAGCGCGAAUACGACAGUGCUAAGUCAAAGUACGAGAAAGCACUUAAGCUCUUGCCCAAGAACCACAUAGAUGUAGCUUCCUUGCGCACGAACAUGGCGGCUUGUUAUAUGCAGAUGGGUUUAGGAGAGUACCCUAACGCCAUUAACGAGUGCAACUUGGCCCUCGAGGCUUCUCCUAGGUAUAGCAAGGCUCUGCUGAAGAGAGCUAGGUGUUACGAGGCUUUGAACAAGUUGGAUUUGGCUUUUAGGGAUACUAGGGUUGUGUUGAACUUUGAGCCUAACAAUUUGUCUGCUAAUGAUAUGUUCGAGAGGGUGAGGAAUGCGUUGGUGGAGAAGGGCGUUGAUGUUGAUGAAUUGACUAAGAAUCUGGUUAAUGUCCAGCCGGUUACACGCUCUCGUAAGUCAGUGAAGGAGGAUUUGAAGAAGAAGAAGAAGAAGAAGGAGCAGAAAGUUGAAAAGGAGGAGAGGGAAGAUGUGAAAGAGAGAGGGGAAGAGAAGGUUGAGGAGAAGAAGCUGCUGGAAGAUAAUGCCAUUGUAAGAGAGAAGAAGAAACCGGGAAAGAAGAAACCGGUAGAUAAGGCCGUUGUAACGGAGAAAAAGGCUAGAACUUUAAAGGAUAAAGAAGUGAUUACCACGAAGAAUGCCAUUGGAGAAGCCGAAGAAGUUACCAAAGGUGUAAAUAAUGAGGAGAAAUCGGUGGCUAGGACGGUGAAGUUGGUUUUAGGAGAGGAUAUAAGGUGGGCUCAGUUGCCUAUGAAUUCUAGCAUCAGGCUGGUGAGGGAUAUUAUCCGGGAUAGAUUUCCGGGUUUGAAGGGCGUCCUAGUGAAAUAUAGGGACCCGGAAGGUGAUUUGGUCACAAUCACUACGACAGACGAGCUCAGGUUGGCUGAAUCCUCUGGUGAUUCUGGAGGCUCUCUUAGAUUGUAUAUAGCCGAAGUAAGUCCUGAUCAAGAACCAGCUUAUGACGGGGUGAUCAUCGAGGAACAGAGGCCGAGUAGCAUUUCGGAGAAUUGGAGUGGAAGGGAGAGUGUGGAAUCCGAAAAGGGCUCUCCUUGCAUCGAGGAUUGGGUCGUCCAAUUCGCCCGAGUGUUCAAGAACCACGUCGGGUUCGAUUCAGAUUCUUACUUGGAUCUCCACGAGCUCGGCAUGAAGUUUUAUUCAGAGGCAAUGGAAGAUACCGUUACGUGUGAGGAUGCCCAAGAACUCUUUGAUAUAGCUGCUGAUAAGUUCCAGGAAAUGGCAGCUCUGGCCAUGUUCAAUUGGGGAAACGUCCACAUGUCAAAGGCGAGGAAACGGGUACUAAUUUCCGAAGAUGGUUCAAAAGAAUCUAUUCUGAAUCAAAUAAAAUCAGCAUUUGAAUGGACACAACAGGAGUAUGGCAAAGCUGCAACUAAAUAUGAAGAAGCCUUGAAGAUCAAACCCGACUUCUAUGAAGCUCUUCUCGCUCUUGGGCAACAGCAGUUUGAGCAAGCCAAGCUUUGCUGGUACUAUGCGACGGGAAAUAAGACUCAUUUGGAAAGUGGACCUUCCCAAGAGGUCUUACAGCUCUACAAUCGGGCUGAGGACAGCAUGGAGAGAGGUAUGCAGAUGUGGGAGGAAAUGGUGGAACGACGUCUGAAUGGACUGUCUAAGCACGAUAACUACAAAUCUCAGCUGCAGAAAAUGGGCUUCGACACACUGAUUAAAGAAGCAGCUGCCGAGGAAUUUGCAAUGGAGCAAGGCUCGAAUAUGAGUUCUCAGAUAUACCUCUUGUGGGGCACGCUCCUUUACGAGCGUUCCAUUGUGGAGUACAGACUUGGCCUACUGACAUGGGAAGAGUGUUUAGAAGUCGCUGUUGAGAAGUUUGAACUGGCUGGAGCUUCUCCCACCGACAUAGCUGUUAUGAUAAAGAAUCACUGCUCAAACGAAACCACACAUGAAGGAAUGGGGUUCAAGAUCGAUGAAAUAGUUCAGGCAUGGAACGAGAUGUAUGAUGCUAAGAGGUGGCAGAUUGGUGUCCCGUCAUUUCGGCUGGAGCCCUUGUUCCGUCGCCGUGUUCCAAAACUCCAACAUGUCCUGGAACACAUCUCAGCAUUGCACUAAAGUCAGUGAAGCAUAAUAGAUAGUUUCAGCUUGCAUUUGUUUUCUGGACGAAAACUUCCAGCCAUUACAGGUAUAUUUGUUUGUUCCUUGCCGGAUUGGGUUUGACGUUUUGCCAGUUCUUUGUCCGGUGGCAAAGGGCCGGAGUCUUUUGCAGAAGUUUCCGUCCUCAGAAUCGGAAACUUCUGGAACCAUGUCGCAUACACCAUGCAGAAAGUUUGUCCCUUUUGAAGUUAUCAGAUUCAUAAACCUAUAUCAUAUUGGAUUGGUAUAAUAGUUCAUUCUUAGCAAGCAAGGUGGAGGCCCUGUCUUGUUUGUUUCACAGGACACAGAGGUUCAUCAUCAGUUAUUUAUGUUUCACUGUUGUGUCUGCCUCUGCUCUCUUGGUUUGGUCAUAUUUAUGAAAAUUCCACACAUUUUUUUCCUUUUGUCGCGUUUGAAAUGUUGUAUUCAAAUACUUUUGAUUCUUUGGCUUACUUUUUGUAAACGAUUGUUUCAGUUUGUUCAUUCGGUUUUUUUCUUCA